CAAGUGCCUCUAUGCUUCUACGCUCACCAUUAAUGGAGCACAAUGAUCAUAGAGACUACCAGAGUUCUUUCUCUGACUUGUCCAUUUUGCUAAAACAAACCAACAUACCAAAAGCAUUCAUGUGGCCCAAAGGGGAUUUAGUUCAUGCUCAAGAAGAGCUUAACGCGCCUCUAGUUGAUCUUGAAGGGUUCUUCAAAGGUGAUGAGGCGGGAACACAACGUGCUGCAGAGCUCAUUAGGGCAGCUUGCUUGAGCCAUGGCUUCUUCCAAGUCACCAAUCACGGUGUUGAUCCCGAACUACUUAGCUUAGCACAUGAACAUAUAAAUGCUUUCUUUAAGCUACCCAUUGGCAAGAAACUAAGGGCUCAGAAGAAGCCUGGUAGCAUGUGGGGCUAUUCUGGUGCACAUGCUGAUCGUUUUUCAUCAAAAUUGCCAUGGAAGGAAACAUUUUCUUUCGGCUUCCAUGAGAAUAGUUCAAACCCUGUUGUAGCAAAUUUCUUUCAAUCUGCCUUGGGAAAUGAAUUUGAACAAACAGGAUUUCUUUUUCAGAAAUAUUGCGAGUCCAUGAAGGAAUUGUCUCUUGCAAUCAUGGAAAUCUUGGGGAUCAGCUUGGGGGUUGAUAGAUUGUACUACAAAAAGUUCUUCCAAGAUGGUAGCUCUAUAAUGAGAUGCAACUAUUAUCCUCCUUGUCAAGAGCCAGGGCUUGCCCUAGGCACCGGACCGCAUUGUGAUCCCACCUCCUUGACCAUACUUCAUCAAGAUCAAGUUGGAGGCCUGGAAGUGUUUGUCAACAAGAAAUGGCAGUCUGUUCGACCUCGACAUAACGCCCUGGUCAUCAACAUUGGUGACACCUUCACAGCAUUAUCAAAUGGAAGAUAUAAGAGUUGUCUGCAUAGGGCAGUGGUCAACAAAUACAAGCAGAGAACGUCUUUGGCUUAUUUUGUGUGCCCUACCCAAGACAAGUUGGUCAAACCUCCGCAAGAUCUUUUGAGCAGAGAAGGGCCAAGAAAGUAUCCGGACUUCACAUGGUCGGAUUUGCUCGCAUUUACACAAAAAAACUACAGAGCAGAUGAUACUACCCUCCAAAACUUUACUGCAUGGUUCCUAGCUUCCAAACAAUCAAACUACUAGCUCCUUUAAUUGAGUCUCUCUCUCUCUGUAUAUACUCCUAGCUGUAUAUCUUAUGCCUAAUGUAACUCUCAAUCUAUUGAAGUUACGACUGCAGUACUGCUAUUAUAUGUCUUUCAUAUGCAUGUAAAAUUGAGGAUGCGGAAGCUAUGAA